AUGCCUCCUACACAAACCUCGAUUGAAAGCUCUGAAUGGGUACACUAUAAACCGGUAUCAUCCCUUACCGAUGACUCGCCUAUAGAAUUCGUCGUCCCUGGUCAUGGUGAUGAAUACAUUGAUUUGGCUCACACAAUGCUAAAUCUUAGGGUGAAAUUAAUAACACCACCUAGGAUUGCUGCAAAUGCCGAACAAUUAAAUAGAGUUGGUCCUGUAAACAAUCUAUUACAUUCGUUAUUUAAUCAAGUGUAUGUCUAUUUUAAUCAAAAAGUUGUAUCUCCGCCCAGUAAUUCUUAUGCUUAUCGGGCAUACAUUGAAACUCUACUUAACUAUGGUCCUGCUGCUAAAAAUAAUCAUCUGACUACCUUUCUUUGGUAUAAUGACACGCCUGGAAAAUGGAUGAUUUCGAUGAAAAUGUGGGAUUAA